AUGAGUCUUCUCAAAGCUAUCAGUCUAUGUUGCGUUCUCGCGUCCCAGGCUCAAGGCAAAUACGUAUGGCCGGCCAAAAGCGAUUUCCUAGAAGAUUUGUUUGCGAUGCAGGAUGGUAUCAUACGCUUCGGCUUCACGGACUUGGUUGUCCCUUGCGGGUUCAAUUCCAACGAACCUGGGAGACAGCUUUCAGCAGAAUGGAUUAGAACCGUUUUCCACGACACCAUCACGCACGACAAAGCCAAGGGCACCGGGGGCCUCGAUGCCUCGAUAAUGUUCGAAACCCAUCGCGACGAGAAUAACGGCGCGGCUUUUAACCAUACACUGUCUGAGCUGCACGAAUUUGUUUCACCUCGUUCGAGUGGUGCUGACAUGUUAGCCUUGAGCCUCGUGGCAUCGGUCGCAAGCUGUGGCGGUCAAAAGGUGCCGCUCAGAAUGGGUCGUAUCGAUGCUACCAAAGCUGGGCCAGCUGGUGUACCCAAGCCAGAACAUGACCUUAAGAAGACCUUAGCAACCUUCAAUAGAGCCGGUUUCACGCGAGAGGACAUGAUUGCCCUUGUCGCGUGUGGUCAUACCGUUGGGGGUGUUCAUAGCACCGAGAACCCUCAAAUCGCAGGAGGAAAGCCAUCACCGUCCAACAAGCCCAAGUUCGACAGCACCGCCACUGAGUUUGACAAUGUGGUUGUCAAAGAGUACCUCGCGAGCAAUGGCGCGAAUCCCUUGGUCUUUGGCCGCAACGAAACCACAAACUCGGACAAGCGCAUCUUCGGAUCCGACAGAAAUGUUACAAUGUCGAAGAUGAAGGAUCCGCAAACUUUUCAGAAAACUUGUGCGACUAUCUUCGAGCGCCUGAUAGACACCGUUCCUUCCACAGUUCAGCUCAGCGAGCCUAUCGAGCUGGUUGAUGUCAAGCCUUAUAUCAACAAGUUGGAGCUUGCCACUAACCAAUCCCGCAUUGCAUUCGAGGGCAAUAUCCGAGUUCGCACGAGCAAAAGAACUGGCCGCGAUGCUGAUACACUCAAAGUGUCAUUAAGUAUCCUGACUGACAAGAAGAAAAGUGUAGCAGUCGAAGCCUCUCGCAUGGUCGGCGGCGGUCAGUCGUAUGGCUUUUUCAACGAAGUCUUCACAUGGUAUCAGUUCGCCGCAGAUCUCGAUGUCGCAGCCGGUGCCAAAGCAUUCAAUAUCCAUCUCAAGUCAGGGGAUGGUAAAGAAGUCGUUCUUGACAACCAGGGAACUGGGGGAUAUCCCAUUCAGGAUGAGCUCCUCUAUAUUGCGUCCAAGUCUUGCCUUAGCACCAAUGUUCACAAUGGCAACUUGACUGUCACGAUUGAGGCCGCCGUUCGAAAUGAUAAGAUCGCCAAAGGCCAAAUGCCAGUUGUUCAAAUGGCUCACAAGAUACCUCAGUAUGGAGCUAUGCUACCGACAAUCUCCAUUCGGCCUUGGCAGAUGACGAGGGUAAAAAGCACAGGUAGCUCGAACUACACCCACUACCGAGUGAGCAUUGGACUUGACGCUCGUGAAGCAUCAACAACUUUUGACAUACAAUAUGGCUCCUUGAUAUCCGAUUUCCAUUGGACAAACCGAGGCAUCGACUCUUGUUGA